CAACACUUCCGCUGCAUGUCCAGUUGCCGACCGGCUCGCCACUGCAGAACUCGUGAUUGAUCUCCCGCGACCAAGGACGCUCGCAUGGUGCAAGUACUUCAGCGCAGCACGUCCUUGAUGAAGAUGCUGAGGGGAGGAAAUUAUCCGCGCGACCGUCAGCCCCUCACGCCAGGCACACCGCAGCAGCAACUACCUGCUCUUGGCAACAAGGUAGUUCGAACGCCGAUACUUGUGGAAGAAAAGCACGUCCACCCGACGACACCACGCCCAGAACCGUCGUCUGGUUCGAACAAACUGACGCGAAUGUGGCAGAACAUUCGACGUCGGGGACGAGACGAGUCUGCUCCCCGACACGGGUCUGCGUCGUUUGUGCUGCAUGGCGAAGACGCCAUGGCUGUUGGUCCACUGUAUCACAUUGUUGCGGAUGGCAUCUCCACCACGACACAUCACUCGACCUCUGCAGCUCCUUCUCUGUCCCCAAGUCCAUCGGCAGUACUCGCGCGAGCACUCGUCCACGCGGUGGAACACGUUCUCCUCCACGACCCACCCCCGUCCAGCCUUGCCGACUUCGAACACAUGGUCAUCCGUGGCAUCCUGACCGCUCAAGCGCUCUGCCAACACGUGUCGUCGACGAUGGGCUCCACCCUCGUCGUCGCCCUCGUCCAUGCCAAGCAUCUCUUCACAUUCAGCAUUGGCGAUUCCAAGUGCCUUGUUUUGAGGAAGGGACGUAUUGUGUACGAGACGCUCGCUGUCAUGAAGGAAUUCAACGUUCCGUGGACAGUCACCCACCACGCCCUACGACCCCACAUGUACGUGGUCCAGCGCAUUCCACUCAAGAAGCUUGACAUCGUGCUGUCGUUUUCCGAUGGAUUUGGCGAUAACGUUUACAAGGACGACCUCGUGAAUCUCUUGCACGUCACCGCGACCCCUUCCGACAAGUGCCAUCGGCUGCUUCAACACGCCAGAGCCCUCAACGACGUAUCCAAGGAGACGGCCUUUCCAUUUAGCGCCGCCGCCGCUGCAGCAUACGUUGCGCGUGCCAAAGAAGACGAGAGCUCCGAGGUGAGAAAAUUGACUUUUUCCGAUAUCUGAAUCGGGCGGGGUGUGCAUUGCAGACGCUUCAGCGAAGAGACGACCUGUCAAAGCGAUACGAGUCCAAGUGGCCGCAGCUCUUGUCGAGGCAAGUGCUUGUCGCCAGCUCCACACUCCACGACCCGCCACACCGCGACUUUCACUACUCGAUGGCGCAGCUCUACCGCAUGGCGACGUUGAAAAAGAAGAAACCGGACGACAUUUCCAUCGCUUUGCUGGAAUAUGGGUAAAACAAUUGCAGCCUUGUGGCACCGCUUAAUUUAAAUGCAAUCCUCGUGACAAGUCAGAGAA